UGAAGCAAACAGAACAUACUCAAAACUAUUUUACUUGAAAAUACGGCAUUCUUUUUGCUGGGGGAGAAAACGCUGAACUGAUGACUGCGGGCUAUCGACCAUCUUCUAGGAGGCAAGACCCUAAUAUUAGGCCACCUGGUAGUCUGCUGCCUUGGUUUAGCACAGUAGACGUGCAGUGGUUAGCGAAACAGAAAUGUAACAAAAACAUAUUCUGAAACGCCGUAACGUAAAAAGGCCGAGCCACACUGAUAUAAUCAGACAUUCAGACAUAUACUCUUAGUUAAACACUAAACUGACUGCAUUCUUACCGACACAGGCUCAGUCUGAGUGUGUGUACGCCAUCAUCCCCGUGACGGCGUCACCGUCUCUCACAACAACACCAGACCAGCAAACAAGGAAAAUGCGCUCAAUGUGUGGCCAUUUUAUCAUUUGAUGGCUAAUAUAUUCCUGAAAUAGUCAUUUCGGCAGAUGAGACAACCAAUCAAGGUCGACCAAAUACUCACUAUGAUGCUGUAUUUGUCUUUUCCUGUGGCCAUGUUUUGGAUCUCAAAUCAAGCAGAGUACUUUGAGGAGUACAUAGUAAAGAGAAAAAGAGAAAUCUUCCCCCCUGGUGAGGAGUUAAAGAGGAAAGAGCUGGAAGACUUCAAGGAGCGAAUGCGUGUCAGAAAGGAGCAGCGAAUGUUAAAGACUUUUGCUGUGGACUCUGAGAAUUGAUGAUUGCGAAAAUUGUAAAAAUACAGGGAUUUCUCAUAACAAUAAGGUUACAGGGCAAUAAUAAGGCAUGGUCAAAACGGGAAAAUCAACACAGACAUCCAUGUUCUAAAGAAGUUCUGGACAUUUUCAUACUUCACCCAAUAUUAAGGAUGUAUUUCAAUUAUAUAUAUUUUUUGCAAGAUUUCUUUUAAGUGACUAAUAUUUUGUUUCUUUAAGAUUAACUGAUAUAGUUUGCUGUCAUGAAAAAAUUAGCUGCUUGUGAUGUAACAAUGUCUUGUUUUUUAAUGGGAGUAAAGUAAAACACAGCAAUAUUGUUGGA